UUUUCCAUCCUUCAAUUUAGUUCACCGCUACUCAAAAUAUCAAACCACGAUCAUUGAAAAAAAAUACAGAGUGACAAAUUUUCAAUUUCAAUUUCAAUUUCAUUUUUGAGAUCUUCAAUUUUAAUUUUAAUUUUAAUUUUAAUGGCGAUGAGUUUAGCACACCAGAUCGGAGCAAUCUCAGGAACACCAAUCACGGUGGAAACAACCACCACAAACACCGGCGACUCAUCCUCAACGCUGAACGCCUCCGCGGUGUGGAAAUCUCCAGCGCCGCUAAAAUGCAAGGUUUCACGUCCAAGCGGCGACUUAUCCGACAUGCUGUCGCCUCCAGUCAGCCCAUGCCGGUCGCCAAUGAGAGCGGAUCUCACCGCGGCGUGUCAGGCGUUCGCGACGGUGGCGGAACCGGAGACGGCGGCGGAGAAAGAGUACAGGUUUGGCGGAGAAGGUGUGAAGGAGAAGGAAGCGAAAGGAGUGCCGGUUUUUGUUAUGAUGCCGUUGGAUAGUGUGAAGAUGGAUAAUGCGGUGAAUCGGAGGAAGGCGAUGAACGCGAGUUUGCAGGCGUUGAAGAGCGCCGGUGUGGAGGGGAUAAUGAUGGAUGUGUGGUGGGGAUUGGUGGAGAGAGAAAAUCCUGGGGAGUAUAAUUGGGGUGGUUAUAUGGAUUUGAUGGAGAUGGCUAAGAAACAUGGGUUGAAAGUUCAGGCGGUUAUGUCGUUUCAUCAGUGUGGUGGUAACGUUGGUGACUCCGUCACAAUUCCCUUGCCAAAAUGGACAGUGGAAGAACUGCAAAAGGAUCCCGAUCUGGCAUAUACCGAUCAAUGGGGAAGAAGAAACUUCGAAUACAUAUCACUCGGUGUUGAUACCCUUCCAGUCUUGAAGGGCCGAACACCAGUUCAAUGUUAUGCUGACUUUAUGCGCGCUUUCAGAGAUCAGUUUCAACACCUCCUCGGCGAUACUAUUGUGGAAAUACAAGUAGGGAUGGGUCCGGCUGGUGAGCUACGUUACCCUUCUUACCCUGAACAAGAUGGGAUAUGGAAGUUCCCUGGAAUCGGAGCCUUCCAGUGCUUUGACAAGUACAUGAUGAGCAGCUUAAAGGCAGCUGCAGAAGCUGCUGGUAAACAAGAAUGGGGUCAUUCGGGUCCAACUGAUGCCGGCGAGUACAACAACUGGCCCGAAGACACCCCGUUCUUCCGUAAGGAAGGCGGAGGCUGGAACAGUGAAUACGGCGACUUCUUCCUCACUUGGUACUCCCAAAUGCUAUUAGAUCACGGCGAUCGGAUCCUCUCUGCAACCACUGAAAUCUUCAAGGACACCGGAGUCAAGAUCUCGGUAAAAGUUGCUGGUAUUCACUGGCAUUACGGUACCCGUUCCCACGCCCCGGAGCUAACAGCCGGGUACUACAACACCCGGUUCCGUGACGGGUACCUACCCAUAGCCCAGAUGUUGGCCCGUCACAAUGCGGUUUUCAACUUCACUUGCAUCGAGAUGCGUGAUCAAGAGCAGCCGCAAGAUGCACAAUGUGCGCCGGAGAAGCUCGUGAGGCAAGUGGUUUCGGCCACUCAAGAAGCUGGAAUCCCGUUAGCCGGGGAGAAUGCACUACCACGAUAUGAUGAACACGCACACGAGCAGAUUUUGAAGGCGUCCGCUUUGGAGGUGGAUGAGAAUUCGGGGGAUAGAGAAAUGUGCGCAUUCACGUACUUGAGGAUGAACCCGGAUUUGUUCCAGGCUGAUAACUGGAGGAAGUUUGUGGCGUUUGUGAAGGUGAUGAGAGAAGGCAAAGACGCGAAUAAAUGCUGGGAGCAAGUCGAGAGAGAGGCCGAGCAUUUUGUGCAUGUUACGCAGCCUCUCGUUCAAGAGGCUGCCGUUGCUCUCAUGCACUAGGCCCGAUGCAACCCGGCCUGGCCCGGAGCGGACCAAAGCGACCCGACCGGGGCUUAGAGGGUAUACAAGAAAUACAGUUUCAAUUUUCAUCUGGUACUUUUCAUCUGAAUCAAUUUGUAACUUAAUGUAAUAUAAGUCAUGAUAUAAACAUUCCACAAGUUUUUUUUGCUUCUGAAAUCAGUACCCCUUUUAAUUAUUGUGGGGGUUGUUUACUUUGUAAAGAUAAACUAAUCAUCUAAAACUAUGAAUCCUGAAUAUAUUUUCAUUAACCAAAAGCUUGGUCUAAAUAUUUUCUUCAGUACCAA